CUCUGUCCUUCCCCUGUCACACACUCGCCCUUCCCUGUAGGCUACAGAACACCUGUGAAAGUACACCAACUCCAGCAUAGACCCAUUGACGUGUGAGGCUCAGAGCCCACUGGAGUGUGUUCUACUGGAUAGACCUGAAACACGGGAGGGAAGUGCUGGGAUUGUCCUGGGUUGGUCGUACACACCCACAGCAGGGUUGUUCUUUUCUUCACCAGUCACUGCCACAAGGAUCCAUGGUCUUUCUGAGGAGGGCAACUGGCUGCACUCAUGGAGAAACAAGAAGGAAAUGGAUGUAAACGUCAAGUUGUGGUCGAGAGCCCUGUACGCCCACUGCGGUCUCUGGUGCGGCUGUGUUUCAUCUUCCUCCUCUUCCUCUCCACGUUCAUCGUGAUCAUCCUCUUAGGUUUUCCUGACAGCUCCUUCCAGACAGACUGGUGGAAAAACCUAUCACUGUACACAUACUACCAUAGAUGGACCAACUCCGACCGCCCCCUUGGACCAUCCACAACCACCAUUCCCCCAACCACAGUACCAGCCACUCCCUCAACCACCAUACGCCCGCUACCAACCGAUCACUACCACUUAGGCUACCCUCGUAACUACCACUUCAUCGUAGACGAACCGGACAAGUGUAAUACCCAGACCCCGUUCCUGGUGCUGAUAGUCCCCGUGGCGCCCGGUAACCUGGCCGCCCGGGAUGCCAUCCGCAGGACGUGGGGUAAUGAGACCCUGGUGCAGGGGAAGAAGGUACAGACGCUAUUCAUGCUCGGACUUCCUGGAGGACCAAACGCUCAGGAGCUGCAGGAGAAGGUGAACCAGGAGAGCCAGGUGCAUCAUGAUCUACUCCAGAGCAACUUCCUGGACUCCUACCUCAACCUCACCAUUAAGACCAUGGUGAUUAUGGACUGGCUGGCCACCCACUGCACCAAUGCCACCUACGCCAUGAAGAUCGACUCAGACAUGUUCCUCAAUGUAGAGAACCUGAUGACUAUGUUGCUGAGACCGGACGUCCCCAAGGUGAACUACCUGACGGGGAUGCUGAUGUGGGAUCGACCGGUCAUCCGGAACCCCAACUCCAAAUGGUAUGUUCCGGAAGAGAUGUUAGCCGACAACCGCUACCCGACCUACACACUUGGUAUGGGAUACGUCUUCUCCAACGACCUGCCGGUGAGGUUCGUGGAGGUAUCCAAGGACAUCAAGCUUUUUAAUAUAGAAGACGCCUAUGUUGGUGCCUGUAUGAAGAAACUGGGCCUCUCGCCCACAAACUCACCAGAUCCUUGGCAAUGGAAGGCCUAUCUCGGCAAGUACAAUCGCUGUGAAUUUUCCAAAGUCAUCACCUAUAUUUUGAGCCGCUCGUCCCAGAUAGUGGACUACUGGAUGGACCUGAAGAAGACACCUGGUUCACCCUGUCCCUAGACACUGAUCUAGUGUCCAUUUUGUAUUUUUCAUCUAAGUCUUUAGGUUUCCAAACAGAUAUAUAUACACCUGUAUAUAUUGAUGAAAAAACAUUGCUGUAGGUCUGCCACCUUCCACCUCAGAUGCGGCGGAUGUGGUGGAUUGAGACGCAGCCCAUCCAAUAAAACAGAUAUCUCUAGCUUAAACAGACAGACUUAACCCUAAUGUAUUCAAUGUUGAUAAUGACUGACCUUGGCUGUAACCCCAUUCUCAGGGGGAGUUGAGAUAUGCAAAAAACACAUUUUAAUUUCAAACGUGUAUAAAACACACUUUUAGAUGUGUGAACCAGGACAAAUAUAAGCACCCACUGGCUCCUGGAGCACCUUGUUAGGACUCAAUUACCCAUAAUGACAUUGGGUAGGGUAGGAAAUAAAGAUGGGUGGUGGUGGUGGGUCUGGUCGGGAUGAUGAAGUUAGGUCAUUGAGUAGUUCUGAGCUUGCAAUGGCUGUCGGAAUGUGAUAUCUUACUUUCAAAGUCUUAAUUCACAAUGGUGGAACAUACUUUGCAAAGGGAUCUUUUGAGAUUUUGGGAUUCCGAAUCUCAGGAAUUUGUCUCUGCUCACACGAGAUUUGUCUCUGUGUUACAUGAUCAUCUGUCUGCCAAAUUCCAUUCUGUUGUGACACCAUUCGGGAGACGGUGUUCUAGAAACCAGUUGGGUAACCUGUAAGAAACACCGGUGAGAACCAAAAGCCAUCCAUUAUGAAUGAUUCAGUCUCUACCUCUCAAAAACAAUUUAAAGGAAGAUUAUUCUGUACACUAAAAAAAUAGUUUUGUCAAGAUGUAUUUGCCUAGUGAAUUAACAGUAGCCCGUAGGCCUAGACCAUGCCCAAACCAAGUAGACCGAUAUAACAGUAUCAAAUAUUUAACAGCAGAAGAUAUUUAUUUUACUGGGUGAGUUCUUUUUCAAUUCAGCGACAUCUACAUGAAUAAUUAAGUCACAUAUUGUUCUACAAAGCCUCUUUUUAUAUCGGUAUCAGUAAAUUAAGUCACACAAUGUUACACAAAGCCUCUCUCAUCCUGUUUGCAUAGCAUGACGUCGUUCAAAAGAUGUUGACUUCUAUGUACGUAUUGCACAAUUAAUUUAUUUGCAGAACUGUUGACUAAAGCCUGGACUAGAAUAAGGUGUGUUCCAUUUUCAAUGAAAGGAGUUCUGUUCUGAACUUCCACAAUGAAAGGAGUUAUGUUCUGAACUUCCACAAUGAAAGGAGUUCUGUUCUCAACUUCCACAAUGAAAGGAGUUCUGUUCUCAACUUCCACAAUGAAAGGAGUUCUGUUCUCAACUUCCACAAUGAAAGGAGUUCUGUUCUCAACUUCCACAAUGAAAGGGGUUCUGUUCUGUUCUCAACUUCCACAAUGAAAGGGGUUCUGUUCUGAACUUCCACAAUGAAAGGAGUUCUGUUCUGAACUUCCACAAUGAAAGGAGUUCUGUUCUGAACUUCCACAAUGAAAGGAGUUCUGUUCUGAACUUCCACAAUGAAAGGAGUUCUGUUCUGAACUUCCACAAUGAAAGGAGUUCUGUUCUGAACUUCCACAAUGAAAGGAGUUCUGUUCUGAACUUCCACAAUGAAAGGAGUUCUGUUCUGAACUUCCACAAUGAAAGGAGUUCUGUUCUGAACUUCCACAAUGAAAGGAGUUCUGUUCUGAACUUCCACAAUGAAAGGAGUUCUGUUCUGAACUUCCACAAUAAAAGGAGUUCUGUUCUCAACUUCCACAAUGAAAGGGGUUCUGUUCUGUUCUCAACUUCCACAAUGAAAGGGGUUCUGUUCUGUUCUCAACUUCCACAAUGAAAGGAGUUCUGUUCUGUUCUCAACUUCCACAAUGAAAGGGGUUCUGUUCUGUUCUCAACUUCCACAAUGAAAGGAGUUCUGUUCUGUUCUCAACUUCCACAAUGAAAGGAGUUCUGUUCUGUUCUCAACUUCCACAAUGAAAGGAGUUCUGUUCUGUUCUCAACUUUCACAAUGAAAGGAGGAGUCCAUCAUUAUUCUCAAUGUCUGAUGACUGGUGUAACAAAAUAAGAUGAUAUGAGUAAUGACAUUACCUUCCUAAUGUAGAAGGUUGCAGCACUGGAAAGCUAUGAAUCACAGGGGGGAGGAUGGCUCAUAAUAAUGGCUGGAAUGAAGUAAAGGGAAUUGUAUCAACCACAUGUAAAAAAUGUGUUUGAUACCAUUCCAUUUAUUCCAUUCCAGCCAUAUGAGCCUAUCCUCCCCAAUUAAGGUGCAACCAGCCACCUGUGCUAUGAAUAUGAUGGCAUGUGUGUCUAUGUAUGUGUGUCUAUGUUCUUUGUUCUUAAUGACAUCAUCGUUGUGACCAUAUGAGCAAUGAUAUCAUAAAUUUAAAGCACUGAGAUUAUUAUGUUAUGAAAAGCACAAUAAAAGUUCAAUAAAUUA